UUUUUCGGGUUGUAUUCGAUUCCUUAAAUCUAGAUCCUCAGAAACGAAGCUCAGGUUGGUUUUAAUUGGCGCCUCCUGCCCGAGCCACAAUCACUCUAACGAACUCUCUCUCUAAGACACUUGAGUCCGGAGGGGAAGUUGAUGGGGGCUCAUGAAUGAAUAAAUGAAUGAAUGAAUGGGCAGAUGAAUGAACGAAUGCAUUCAUGCACGCAAACGUCCACAAACUCGGCAAUCUGCGGCUAGAAUGAAUUCAUGCAUGCAUGUAUGCAUGCAUGCACGCAGCGCCCCCCCCCUCCCGUUCUGGGCUGGGCCGAGGGGCCUGGAAGGGGAGGGCUCAGCUUGUGACUGACCUUGCUGGUGCCAGUCGGACGGACUAGCUGGUGCAGUCCCAGGCUCUGCAGUCCCCAGGCUCGGCGGGGGGGGCGCUCAUUGGUAUUCCCCAGUCCGCCUGCGUCAGGCCGGAGCUGCUAUACUGCUCCCCGCCAGUCGCCCCGACUCCUGCCCUAGCCCUCCAGCCCGCCGCCCUCUUCGCUAGCUAACACCACGCGCUCUUCCUCGCGCACGCCCUCCCAGCCUCCCCACCCCGGUGCCUCCUCCCUUCCCCCUCCAGCAGGCGGCGCGCGCCGAGCCUCGUAACAGUCUCUGCGGCUCUGCUCCCCCCCACCGCCGCCCCCCAGCGCGCUCCCGCCCCCCCUGUCGGAGGGGAAAGGGGAGGGGGCGCAAGGCUCCCGGCCCGCCCCCCGCCCGCCCACUAGCCAAGGGCGCUUCUGCCAGCGCGGGGCCGGAGUAGCCUCGGCGGUUGCAACGGUGGGGCCGCAGCAGCAGCAGCCGGUAACGGCCAACGCCGCGGUCGCCGCACGAGCAGAGCCGAGCCGAGCCUCCCUGGGCGGGUGCGGGUUGGGGGGCUUCGCCCCUGGCCGGGGCUCGCCGCCCCCUGCCUCUCGCCCAGCCUUCCACGGGUCCGGUCCCUGGGUGGGGCUAGUAGGGUAUAGAAGGUAGGAUCCUCCCUGCGAAGCUCCUGGGGCGAAGGCGUCGCCGUUGCCCCAGCUCCUGAGUAGGAGGCGAGGAUGUGCAGGAAGGAGACCACGUCGUAAGUCCAUGACCCGAGCCGGAGCCGAGUUCCCGGUAUUGCUUCACAUACAAACCUAGUGUGGCCAAGGAAAUUGAGCUAUUUCAGAAUCAUGGGGGUGUUGAUGUCCAAACGGCAGACAGUGGAGCAGGUCCAGAAGGUGAGCCUGGCUGUGUCAGCUUUCAAGGAUGGGCUGCGGGAUAGGCCUUCUCUCCGACGCACGGGGGAAUCGGCUGGGUCUCGGAGAGGCACUGUAGAACACUCUGUCCAGGAAGUACAAGAGGAGGAUGAGCCAGAGAAAGUGGCUGCUGUCCCACAGGAAGAGAACAGUGUCAACAAAGCAGCCUGGGAAAGGCUGAGAGAUGGCCGUGGGGUAGAACCUGAGGAGUUUGACCGUGUCAAUCGCUUCACACCACCUGCCUUUAUCCGACCCAUUCGGGAGCUACAUGAUGACAAGCCACUUGAUAUCUGCUUGGAACCUAGAGAAUCUGUUAUCAAUGAUGAGAUGUGUGAGAUUUGUGAAGUAUGGACUGCUGAGAGUCUCUUCCCAUGUAGGAUCUGCACCAGGGUUUUUCAUGAUGGCUGUUUACGCCGUAUGGGCUAUCUGCAAGGAGACAGCACAAUGGAAGUGACUGAGAUGGCACACACUGAAAUAGGAUGGAGCUGUUACUAUUGUAACAACCUCAAUCUGCUUCUCACAGAAGAAGAGAUGUACAGCCUCAUGGAGAAUUUCCAGCAAUGCAAAAUUAUUCCUGAUUGUUCCUUGACACUGGAGGACUUUUUGCGCUACCACCAUCAGGCAGCAAGACGAGGAGGAAGUGAAAGGGCACUGAGUGAAGAGCAGGAAGAACGGGCAGCUCAGCAAUUUGCUGCCCUCGAUCCUGAGCGCCGAGGCCAUGUUGAAUGGCCUGACUUCUUGUCCCAUGAGUCCCUCCAACUACUGCAGAAACUUCGUCCACAGAACUCUCUAUUAAGGCUACUCACAGUUAAGGAGCGGGAACGAGCUCGGACAGUCUUCCUAGCCCAAGGCAUUGGGGGUUAUAUCAGUGAGACCGAAUGCCGUCGUGCCCAACAUACCUGGUUCCGAAAACGACCCUUGGAGGCACCAUCUUGCAAUGUUAGUAUCAGCCAUGUGGGACCCAUAUCAGAAAGCAGUCCGGCCAGCAAUAGCAGUGCCAAGAGCCCAGAAAAACCUCUGCAGACAGCUGAACAGGAGGAGCCCAGGUCUGUGGAUUGGCCCACUUUCCUGAAGGAGAAUAUCAUCUACAUCCUUGCUGCCCGCCCCAACAGUGCUGCCAUUCACCUGAAACCCCUAGGAUAGAUCCUCUAGAAUGAGGGUUAGUCCCAGUUGGGGCAAUGUGGGGUAACCUCCUUCCCUAACUCUUGACACUGAUAAAGACUGGGAGGGGGGAGACCUCCAGCAUCUUUAUUACUAAGUUUUGCCACAUCUAGGACAUCUAGAUAACUUUUCCUUUCACAGGAAGGAUAGCAAGUGCAUUGCCUAAGGGAGAGAUUCUGGGAAAAGAGACAAUACUCAAUUCUCUACCCCUAACAACUCAUGCUAUUAACUAGCCAAAAAAAAAAAGAAGAAGAUUCCCUCCCCUACUAUUCCUUCCUUAUCUCAGUCAGUGUCACUGAUGGGAUAAUUCAAGAUUUUUUAUCCCUCUAAAGUUGCUAGAAGUUUGGGUUCUACUUGGUUGAGAAGGACCAAACUUGAUUGAUAUUCUAAGUGAUCUUUAUAGCUCACCUAUAAGCUUAGUGGUCACCUAGUCCAACUCUCUCAUUUUAUAAAUGGGGAAAAUGAGAUCCAGAGUAGUUUUGACUUGCCUAAGGUCACACAGUGAGCAAAUGGCAGAACCAGUAGUAGAAGCCAAGUCUCCUAACUUUCUAGUCCUAUUCCUUUACAAAAACUCCGUAGAUUUGUUUUGGGCAGGGGCUGGGGUGGAGGGUAUGCAUAUUCCUUCCAUAUUUAACCAGACUUUUGAUUUCUGAUUAGCCAGAAAUGACCAUAGUCGCUUAAAUUCCUAAUUCUUUUUUUUUUUUUUUUUUUUGCUAAGGCAGUUGGGAUUAAGUGACUUGCCCAAGGUCACACAGCUGGGAAGUGUUAAGUGGCUGAGGCCAGAUUUGAACUCAGGUCCUCCUGACUUCAGGGCUGGUGCUCAUCCACUGUGCCACCUAGCUGUCCCUAAAUUCUUAUUUCUAAUUGGCUGAAUUAGAAGCAGCCUGCCAUACUUACCCUUUACUAAUUUUGUAACCUACUGAGUAGAGACAGGAAAACAGUAUCCACCCCAGAAUUCCAGUAACUUUGGCUGAAAGAAAUCUCACCCAAAGUCAGUACAAUUCUAAUUAGCUUUGGAAAUGAAGUUGGUCAUCUUAAAUGAAGCUGUGUUGUGUCACUAUUUUGGGAGUGGACAAAAUGAAUUAUAGUUCUGGCUUCCUAGAACCAAAAGCCUGAUUUGGUGGGCAGUAUAGAAAAUGAGUUCCUGUUAGCAGUGCAGAGGACUUUAUUAAGUAGGUAUUACUCUUAUCUCCUGUCUCCAGCUUAGUCUGUUCCUAUAGACAAGAGUAAUUACCCAUCAUUGUAAAGAAUAAAGAAGUCUUCCUUAGCAUCUCUAGGAAGGAAAAAGGGGUUUUUCUAAGUUAUUAGUACUACAGGUGAUCCUUCCAUACCACUUUUAAAAUGCGUGAUAUACUGGGAGGAAACUUGGAAGAGGACUGGGGCUACCCUGUUUUCUGAUGAACAAAGCUUUUCCUAGGGUUAGGGGCUAAUGGAGUAAGCAGUGACUUAGAGAGGAGGAGGUUGCCCCACCUCUCACUAUCAGAAAGCCAAACUAAGUCUUAGAUUGCCCUUCCCACAUAUAUUCUCAUUAGGCUAUGUAACAGCAUUUUGUGACUUCCCUUCAAAUUUGCUCUGGAUAUUAGAUUUUAUCAGUAUAGAAUUGGGAUUAGCAUGAGGGACUAAAUUAUGGAUUGCCUGAAUGUUCAUCCUCUUGGGAUACAAUGAAAUAGGGGAUGGGUAUAUAAGUCUGGUGACCAGUACUUUAACUUCAAGAUCUGACCUAGUUUAGGAAAGCUGCUAUAUUUCCAUGCUUCUAGUUCCUUAAUGAACUUAAAAUAUAAUUAAGACCUACAGACUGCCACCCAAAACACUUAAGAACUAUCCCCGUGCUCCAGCAUUGUGAAUGCUGAUCUUUAGGAAGAGCAGAAAUGAAAAGAACCCCUCUUCAUCCUCUCAAAGUCUUCUCUAUAGCUGUUAAAUAAUAUAAAGAAACCUUAUACUACAGCCCAGAUAAAACAGAUUUGGAGAGGAUAGGUUACUGAACUAGGAGGCAAAUCUCUUGGUUUCUGUUUUUUUCUUCUUUUAACUCACAAAAACUUUGAUUAGGUAAAUUCAACUCUUAUUCAAUGCCUUAGUUUCUCUACCUAAAAAUUUGAAGAAUGAGUUCUCUCAUAUGAAAGCCAAAAUUUCUCUGAGUGCUGAAGAGACGUUCCUUGGCAACUUCAUAUCAAUAAAAUGGAGAAAUAGGAACCAGUGUUUUUGAUACUUUGAGAUCAUCAGUAUCAUUGACAAUGAGCCAAACCCAGAAUUGAACAGGAGGAAGAGAAUGGGCUGGAUUACCUUUGUGAAAUUGCACAGUGCUUUUAAUGACUCCAAAUUUCUCAUUAAAACAAAAGACUCAUCUUUUUUAACACUCUUUGUGUGUUAUAUGGCUUCAAGUCAUGGCAUACCACAGUCUGUGAAGAAUUAAAAUUACCUAACAGGCAAUAGAGUGGCAUAGGGUGGGCAGAAGUAAAAUGUAAUAUGUAAACAACCAAGAAAAAAUUUAAUAAAGGACAUCAUCAGAUAAUUAGAAAAGAAACUGUCAUGGCCACUUCAAGGACAAGAACUCAGCUGACAUUCAUGUGGUAUCAAAAGAAUCAGAAGUCCUACAGCACAUUAAGGUGGACCUCUUCCAGAGGAUUUAUGGGAGAGUAUGGACAAGAAAUGUACAAGAUUAAGAGGGAAUGAAUGGGUUUCUAUCUACAUUAUUGGAGGGAACCUUCACAUAAGAUUACUGAUCCAGUGAAAUACUGAGAUUAUCAAAGGAAUGUCACAGUAAAUGCAAUGAAGUCAUGAAAAUUUGUGGUCCACAAAACAGAAAAAAAUCAACAUGGAGAAAUAAUGAAAGUUGAGUAUUUAAACCUGAAUUCAAGAUAAGAGUGUGACUCACUGUGUUCUGAGAAUUUCACAAGCUAUAGCUAUUUUAUUUUUCCUCUACUGUGUUCAGAAUAUUGGCUGAUAGUUUACAGUCAUUCCCACCAGAAAAGGAAAAAGCUGCCUUCUUUCAUUCAUGAUGGCAUCAAGAACAUUGCAUUCCCUCCUAAGCUUUUAUCCCAAGAAACACUUGUACACGUACACUUUCUCACUAUACGUCAAGUCAGAGACUUAGGGGAUCACUAAAGAAUGAUCCUCAGAAAAUAGAUCUGAUUUCCACAAGGUAAUUGGAGGGGCACACAUUAUUCUUCAAAAACUUAAGGGAUCUCAUCUUUUGCACUCAAGGAACUUAAUGACCUUCAUUAACUACCAGGAUCAUGAUUCUAGGCUCUUAUUCACCUAUCCUGCUUAGAUGAAAAAUGAUGCCAAAAAAGAUUGCUCUUCGGCCAAAGCCUUAUGUCUUGAAUGUGUGAGAAAAGCUGUGUGGAACAGCUUGAAAGGUAGGCGCAUCGGAGGUCCAUCCAAACAGAACUGCUAUUUGGUGUGCUUGACUAUUGUUUCUUUCACUUGGUGCUCUGGUUAGGCUUAAGUGAGUUCCUUUUCCCUUUUUUAAGGAAAACAAGGGAAAGGAUUAAGCCUUUUCUCUCAAACUGGGGGGAUUGAGGCAAAGAAUAUUAUAGAAAUGGAUCCUUAUUUGAGAAGCAGAUUCCCUAUAUUAGAAAGAACCUUGAAAUAUCCAUUCUUCUUGCCUCUUGGCAGGGCUGGACAAAUGGAUAGCUCUCCCAUUUUUCAUAAACCAUUAGCCAGAGAGAUAGAUUCCAAAGCUCUACCUGAGGUAAGCCAGUGUUCAAAGUCCUUGGUCAUCAAUUCUACCCAGCCUAAGUCCUGUUUUCGGCAAUUUGUUUCCUCCUACUGCCUCGCUGGGGAGUUGUAUGGAAUAUUUGAAUACUCCAAUAUAUUAAUAAAAUAACCCCCCUUUAACCUUAACUCUUUCCUCCUAGGUCAUCCUAAGACCUUUCAGUUAUGAUCUUACUGUAAAUUCUGUCAACAUAGAUGUCCUCUCCUAGUAAAGGGACUCAAGUUUCUGUUCAUUGACUUCAGCAACAUGAUCCUAAUAUCUCUUCCCCAUCUAUUUUCUUCUGAGGGGAGGCAUUGACUAUAUAUCAAAUAUCUUUAGAGAAAACUAUUUAAUAUAAAAUUCCUUAUCAUCCAUCAGGCUACUUCCUUAAAACCAGAUUAAAAUUGUGCAGCCCCUGCUAUCAGGUUGAAUGGAAAAGGACCUGCCACAAAAAAAGCAGCUGCAACCACCUACAGAGGUAUUGCCAUUUCUCUUUCCCUGUGGCCUCUUGCCUUUCUGUUUUCCUUUAAUAUUGAGGAACAGGUUCUAGAUUUAGAUACACUAAAAGCUGAUCUUGGGUUCUUGAUCAUUAUUAACAUUUGAGAUUGAAAAAGGAAGAGGCCUUAUCUCCUACACAUUGUUUAGAAAUACGUAGAGCUGAUCUUGGGUUCUUGAUCAUUUAUAUUUGAGGUUCAAAGAGGAAGAGGCUAUCCACCAAAAUCACUCUCACAGGGUCAUCUCUUAUUUUAUCUCCAGCUCCAAAAGUAUUUUGCCAGUGGAAAUGCUAAGAGCACACACAAACACAAAUACAUUGCUUCCCCCACUUAAUGUCACUGUGACUGAAGGUGUGACUGAAGAGUGAUUUCUGUUCAGAUCUACUAGCCUUGCUAAGCUUCUCCUGACAUCCAAGCUUUGGAAGCAUCUGCAUAGAAUGGCAAAAGGCCUAGAACCUUUUAUCCUUUACAGGAGUGACCACUAUGAAACCCUACUCACCCCAAGCCCUUGCCUUUUUAUAAUUGGAAGUACAGCAGGGACUGUAUUGCUAUUGGGAUAUGCCACUUUAGAAGAGGAGGAGGUCUCACUAGGGAAACUCUGGAAUCUCCAGUCUAUGAAAGUCAUACCUACUGUAAUCAUGCCAGCACCAAUGUGAAUGAACCCAGAUAUCAGAACCAUAGCCAGCAAGCAGAGAUGGAAGCUUAGUAGAAAUUAACUAGAAAAGCAGCACUAGGAGUCCUCUUCAUCCUAAGGACAGAAUCAACAUAGCAGGUGGCACAGGGAUGCUGAUGCUUUCUCCACCCAGAAUUCUUAGUGGAUGCCUGUGACCCUGCAAACCAAAGUGAGUACACUUUUUCAGCUGGCAGCUUGUAGUGUGAAGUGUGCAGAUAAUGCAGUAAGAAGCUGAGCAGCCUGAAUUCUAGAAUUUCAGGAGACACCAUCAGCCAGCAUGAAGCCACAGCCAGAGCCACUUACUAUACAGGUUUACAGUUGAAUCCCUCAGCUGCUGCCUUUUGCAUGCCAUUUACUUUAUAAUCACUUGAGAUCUCUGAGCUUCUGGGGAAUAAGUACAUAUUGUAUGCUUGUUGCAGCUCAGUGAACUUGACUUCCUUAUAAGACUGUUCAUGAUAGUUCAGCCUCUCAAAAACACUGUCCUACAUUUGAUCCAGUCUUUACCAUUACCCUUGGUAGCCUUGGAAUGAUCCAUGGUUUUUAAAGAAAGAAAAAAUGUGCCAUAUUUCUUUCAUAAUCCAGUGUGGCAUGUCAUUCAUUCUUUGUGCUUUUGAAGUGGGUCUUAUUGUAUGAUCCAGGCAUGUAUUACUUCUUGGGAAGUCUUCAGUUUCAUAUUGGGGAUAUAUGUUCCAACCUGGUAAGGAAUGUAUGUAGGCAAUUGGAACUGGCCUUAGGUGGUCAUUUCUCCAUAAUUCUCUAAAUUUUUGUAACCUUUGGGAUUGGGUUGGCAUAUUCUUUUAACAGAUAAUGUCAGUGGGACACAGAUAACAAAAAAGGGACUUCCCAAGAAUUAUACUAAAACAAGGAGAGGGUUGAAGAUAGAAUUGAGGUGUCUUGGGUCCCAGUUCUGGGAGCUUGGCCGCAAUGCCUGAAGAGAUGUCUCCUUUGAUCCUUUUCUGAAGAACACUGAAGACAUUUGCGGAGUACUUAGGCAGUGGGUCACACUUAUCCCUUCUUCCUCCACAUUCUCACUCUUAGGAGUUGGCAUGCCAUUUUUAAAAGAAUCUGCCCCAAUCCCUGUACCUGCCUUUCUGCGAACUUUCACUGAGGGGUAAGACCCCCAAUUUUGUUUUUCCCUUGAUUAUAGUUGCAUGUUUCUUCUACCCAUGCCCAGUCCUUGUGGGCAAUGCAGCCAAAUGGAGCUGGUACUCCCAAAGUCUGGGCACAUACAGGAUAUCCUAAUAAAGAAAUCUUUACACGA